GCGAAGAGAAUUUUGUGGGAUUCGUUCUGUCUCUUGCAAUCAAAGUGGUGUUUAUAAAUAUUACAAUACGGAAAAAGCCACAGACAAAAACAAAUAUUGAACUACAUAAUGCAUACACCUUAUAAAUUAGUUAAUUAUUUUGUUUAAAAUGGAUGAUACCACUCAACAUAUUUUAGGAUAUUCAACGAAAGCCGCCUUAAUUAAAUUACGUGAUGAUAUUCGUACUGUUGUAAAAGAGUACGAGCGGAAAAGUCCAACAAGGUUUGGAAUAUUGAGGAAUAUUAUAUCAUUUUCAUCUGAGAAGGUGUUAUUGUCUGGGGUUGCUUACACAAUUACAUUAAUAUACAUUGUAUGCCUCAUACUUACAUACAUUUUAGGAGAAUCGGUCCAGGCUCAUGCAUAUUUACUCUGGGAAGCAUUUUUUAUAUUUUUCAUAUUAAUAAUUAACCUCUUAAUUGCUUUUAAUGAGGAAUAUUUAUAUCGAAAUGAAAUACCACAUAGAGUGAAGAAAGUCUUAGAAAACUUAGAUGAAUCUAUAGAGGAAGCAAAAUGGAAAGAAGAACACUAUCCUCAUCUAUGUGCUCCAUUUUCUCCUUGUGUAAUUCUCCAAUGGACUUACAGAGAUGCAACAAUAGUAAACCUGCCAUGGGCACUUCUUGUGGAAGGUGACAUCAUAGUUCUAAGACCAGGACAGGAGGUGCCUGGCCACUGUAAAGGAUUGCAGCCUGAAGACCCAGAAUUAUUUUUUGGACAAAUCUUUCAACCUACUUCUCAGCCAAAAGAACAUUUUACUGCACCUCGUAUCCGCACACCUCACCAGAACAAAGCAUACAGAAUGUGUGAGACUCCAUAUUUAAAGAAUCUGAAACUGGCAUUAGAACAAGCCACAAGUAGACCAGUCACCGUAUUUGAGAAACAAAGGUAUUUGUGCACUGUAAAAAUAAUGGAGGGAAUAGUUCUCCCAUUGGUGAUAGCGUUGGUAGUGAUAGCCAGUUUCAUUCGACACAUGUACCACCUACCCGGCGUGACACAUUGGACUGAGAUAUACUUUCUGCAGACCAUCGCCGCUUCGUUGCCACUGCUUCAGAUCGUGUUCCCUAUCGCUUGGGUAUCGCUCAACUGCUACGGAUUGGCUAGGUUCAAACUUCUCUCGGAAACGCGCCAGAAGUACGUCCGUCCGAAAUCGUGUUCUAUAUCGGAAGAAGCCAGCGACCCGCUCAUACAAGCCUUGAGCGAAUCUAACCUUAAGCCUGAGAGCCUUAAGUCUUUGGCGAAGACCUUCAUUAACAUUGUCACGGGCAGAGAGGAUAUGGUGUGCAGGACUGCUAACAUCGUGCACGUACUAGGGUCGUUAUCGGCUCUAUGCUGCAUAGACAAGAAGGGGAUUUUAUCAUGGCCUAAUCCGACAGCAGAAAAAGUAUUUUUUCUACGUAACUCUAGUCCAGCUUCGAAUAACUCGAGCAAAACCAGCCUGGUGGCUUCAAUGGGACAUCAGAGCGAAACCGCCUUGGAUCAAGUCCCCGAUGGGAAACCGAACAACGAGCCCUCCACUAUUGUAGAGGUUUUGGAUCUAACUCACGAUCAAAACGCACCGUUUUGCGUGGAGUUCGACGAUCAACGCUGGCGGCAGCACCUCGCCCGCCUCAAGCCGCUGGGGCUGGCCGCGCUGCUCAACACGUGCGCGCCCUGCCCGCGUCAUACUUACGCGCACUUCUGCGCACAUCUCACCUGCGAGGCGCAGCUCAGCGAAGAUCUCGUGCCUGUCACCAACCGGCGCUGUCUCUGCGAGUUGGCGAAGCAGAUCGGCUUCACAGAUGCAGUGGCUGACUCAUACACGGUGCAAGAUUGCCUAGCUAUAUUCAGGCAUUUGCAAGCAGACACUAUUCGUCGUGAGACUCGUUUCGUGCGCCAACUGCACUUGAGCACGCGUGUCAAGGUGCCCUUACCACACAUGCUGGCUGUGGUUGUGAAGGAUCAAGCCAAUCAACUGCAAAUGUUGACACAGGGCACGGCUGACAUCAUCCUUGACUCGUGCGUCGACUAUUGGAACGGGCGGGACUUAACGCCCAUAUCUCCUUCAGACAGAAAGAAGAUCAUAGACUUCUACCAGAGGAACUCCCUUACCGCCUACUGCACCGCCUUCGCUUACAAGCCGUUGACCCGCGGCAUAUCGCCGUCCCUGUCGCACCUGUACCUGGAGGUGCCGGCGGACAGUCGCGCGCUGUACACGCCGCGCUCGCUGCACUGGGCCGACGCGCCCGCGCUACACUUCCACUCCACGGAUUCGCUACUAUUUAACGAGGUGACAGACGAAGAUGUGAAUGACGCCGAGGGAUAUUUCGACAUGCAGUGUAAUCAGGUAUUCAUAGGUAUGGUGACGAUGCAAUACCAGGCGCAGAGCGAUAUGGUGGAGCUUAUCGAGCGGUUGGAGCGCGCGUGCAUUCGCUUCGUUCACUUCAGCAAAGAGAACGAACUUAGGUCGCGAGUGUUCAGCGAGAAAAUGGGCCUCGAGUCUGGGUGGAACUGUCACAUUUCACUCAUGAGCGACGAAAGUGCGAGUAAAAGCGGGUCGCCGUUGUCUUCGCAAACACUGCCGCAAGGGGGUGGGGCCGGGGCGGGGGGGCGUAGCCUCGCUUCAAGGCUCAAUAGGGCCAUCGAUACCUUUGACGCGCCGCUCGGCUUUUACUAUAGUAGUAACAAGAUGGCAUCGUCGAAGGCGUUGUCAAUGUCAGCACCAGGGGCAAUCAAUCUGGAGCAUACAACCGUGAAGUUUGACAAUGAAAUCAAGAGAGCACGACAUUCUAUCACAACACACAGCGGAAUAAAGGUGCAGCGAGGCAGCAUCCCCACCUCUCAAGGGUCUGCCGACUCGCUGCUAGAAGAGGAGGGGGAGGACACGGGGGCGGAGUCUCCCCCGGACGCGUGCCGCUCGCUGUCCUGCCUCACCGACUCUACCGACCACUCGGCGCCCGUCAAUUUCGACAUGAGCAACCGGGCGAAGCUGCCGCGCGGCAUAGAGAACAUCCGGCCGCACAUCGAGCAGGUGGACAACGUGCCUCUACUCGUGUCUCUGUUCACCGACUGCACCCCGCGCUCCGUGCAUCUCAUGAUACAGAUCAUGCAGGACUACGGCGAGGUGGUGUGCGUGAUGGGAUCAGCCGCCAAUUGCCUCAACACUGAGAUUUUCAUGCAGGCUGAUGCCAGUAUUGCGGUGGAACCUUUGUACCCUGUGUUGUGCCAAAAAAUGCCUCCGUACCAAGUGCCAGACAAGUGUAUGGGACCCAUCGACUUGGCGAGAACGCUCAACUCUGUGCCUUGUUCGUUAUCGAUGUCGAGCGACUCGGAUGUAUCGCUGUUCACCCUGAUCACCAUGUCGCGCCAUUUCAUGAUGUGCCUGUGGAACUGCACGCAGUUCUGGAUAUGUAGCGUCUGUUUCAUAGCGCUAUUGCAGGUGGGAUCGCUGUGUGCAUUCCUGCCUUUGGCGGUGAGCGUAGGUGGCGUAGUAUGGAUGGGCGCUGUAGUCGUGCCCCUACUGGCUGCCCCGCUCGCUCGCGCGCGUCCCUCGCCUGCCCUCAUGCAGCGCGCCGCGCCCCGCCCGCACGCGCCCUGCUCGCCGCCCAUGGCGCUGUUCGUGUUUUGGUGUUACGCGUGCAAGUUCUUGCCUGCUGCGAUAUCCAUCCUCGCCUUAUACGGGUUCACUCUCCGUUCGUUUUGCGAGCAGAUCGCCGCCACUACUAACGCGACUGCUUGUUGGAUAGUUUACCCUGUGAAUAAAGGGAACUUCUCUGAGACGCACGACUUGUCGACGAGAAGUUGGCACGGAUGGGGCGAUGACUUUUACGAUCAAUUCUACCUCGCACAGCACAUCACGCUCGGACUGAUCACUUUGCAUUUAAUUGUCAUCUCGCUGUCUUUUGUACACAGACAAUCUUCCAUAUGGCAAAGAAGUUUUUUGUCGAAUGAAGUAUGGUGUGGGAGUGUUGUAAUUUUGGUUUUAGUCCAGAUUGUGUUCAGUGCGUGUUCACUAAGCGUCAGCUACGGCUACUGCUCGCGCUGGGGCGUGUGCUCGCUGCGCGCGCACUUGCCGUGGACGCUCGCGCUCGCGUACGCGUGCUCGCCCGCGCUCGUGUUCGUGCUCAACGAACUCAUCAAGUGGCAGGAGAUCAAAGCUGAUAUCCGGAACCAACGACGUGCUAGAUUGGACUUUGGAACGAAACUGGGAAUGAACUCUCCAUUUUAAUGGAAACUAUUGUCUCUAGUCAAUUAUGCUUUAGCAAAAUUCUGUCAGCAAAUCGGAGAUAAAAUGAAGAAUGCAUGCCAUCAGUACUCUGAUUUGGUUUAAUAAGAUUUAAGAAAAAAUGUGACAUGUACUUAUUGUGAUGUAUGUAAAACUAUUUUGUACUUAUUUUGUUUAUGACAUGGUUUUAAUAAAUGUAUAAAUAUUUCAAAUAAAUGUUACAUAAAACUGCA